AUGGGAAAGAAAGUCAUUGCUAAAAGAGCACCUCGUGAGAAAAUCCAUAAACUUCCAGGAUAUCCUAGACCAUCAACUUGUUCUCAAGACACCACUUUUACUCCUUCACUUUUUCCUCCUACAUCUCCUCCUCGAACUGACCCCAUGGCUCGUACCAAGACCACUCCAAGGUAUCCUGCCUCUGCCAAACCGACACCACCACCAAAAGCGACGCCUUCCAAACCUGCCUCUUCAAAACCUGGCUCUUCAAAGCCAUCCUCAUCCAAAGGGAAGCGUCCGGCGACGGAGGAACCUGUUCCCGAGCCACCACAACCCAGGGCAAGGUCAGUUCCUGUGCGCCCACAGAGAGGUAAAACUCGAGUUCCUCUCAAAUCAGUUAGUGAACCUGACAUUGGGCCGUUUGAUCACAAAGCUCACUUUUUGACCUCUCACUCGAACUAUAACCCUUAUAGAUUCAAAUCUGCCAUGAACAAUGAUUUUUAUGAAGGGGUAUCCAGGAUCGUACUCUGUGUCCAUCUUUUCUAG